AUGAUUGUCUACAUUGCUCCACCAGCCAACACAUUCAGGGUCCUAUACCAAAUAUUCCCCGUCUUCUACACAGCCCUGACUCCCAAGAGCAAGCCUGUUAUCGACACCCAGAGAAGGAGGUGGUAUAGCGGUUCGCCUAUCCUGAAUGCUCCAACUCUUAAUGAUCUGAAUCUUCCUCUGUUUAUUGACAACUUCAUUUUACCUGUGGAGAGAUGCAGUGGCGGAUAUAGGACACAUAUUAUGGAGAAAGCAGAAGGAAGGAAUCAAACGCUCAUCAUGGAAUUCAUCCUCCUGGGAUUUGGGGAUAUUGGGGAAUUUCAGCCCCUUCUCUUCCUGCUGUUUCUAGCGAUCUACCUUGUGACGUUGUCUGGGAACCUCCUCAUCGUUGCACUAGUGGUGGUCGAUUCCCGUCUUCACGUCCCCAUGUACUUCUUACUGGGGAACUUGUCCUGCGUGGAGAUCUGUUACACCUCCACCUUCCUGCCCCGGCUGCUGGCCAGUCUCCUGACCGGCGACAGAACCAUUUCUGUUAAGGGUUGCCUGGUGCAAUUGUAUUUCUUUGGUGCCCUAUCAUCUACGGAAUGUCUGCUGCUCACGGCCAUGUCCUACGAUCGAUAUUUAGCCAUCUGCCACCCCCUCCGCUAUGCUGCAUUAAUGAAUGGCCCGGUGUGUGGCCAGCUGGUGGCCGGGUCCUGGACGAGUAGUUCUCUGAGCUGCUCCAUAGUCAUUAUUUUCUUGUUACAAUCAACGUUUUGUGAUGCCAAAGAAAUUGACUAUUUCUUCUGUGAUUUUUCACCCGUGGUUAAGGUGUCUUGUGGUGACACCCGGACGCUGCAGCUGGUGACAUCUAUUAUCUCAAAUAUAGGGGCACUUGUGCCCUUCCUACUGAUCCUCACAUCCUACAUUUGUAUCAUCGUCACCAUCCUCAAGAUCCCAUCCACCACCGGGAGGCGAAAGGCCUUCUCCACGUGCUCCUCCCACCUCAUCGUGCUGACCGUGUUCUAUGGGGCUGUGAUCACUGUCUAUGUGUUUCCAACAGCCAACACGCCCAAGAUCCUGCGCAAAAUAUUUUCCGUUUUUUACACCGUCCUGACCCCCAUGAUUAACCCCGUCAUCUACAGCCUGAGAAACAAGGAGGUGAACGACGCGUUCAGAAAAGCUGUUCUCAAACUGGCUGCUCUCAGACACAGGCAUAAACUCUGA